AUGGAGACGAUAACGAAGCGGCUGCACAUUUCUGGUCUGACUCCAUCCUUGUCUCCAGCUGACCUGUCAAAGAGACUAUCGACAUUUGGAACUGUAAAGGCUCUCGACGGCUUCGACAUCUUAGAUGGAGUUGGUCAACCAAGAAAAUUUGGCUACGCGACAUUGGAAGCUACUCCGGCGCAAUUAGCAAAAUGCGAUUUAGGCCUCAAUGUUCUCAGUGGAUCCACUUGGAAGGGUGCUAAGCUUAGGAUUGGCGAUGCCAAACCUGAUUUUGCUCAAAGGAUAGAAAAGGAACGAGCCGAAGCCCAGGAUGCGCCGCCACCCAAGAAGAAACGGAGAUGCUCCAAAUACACCGCUGUCGAAGCAGAGGAUAUGUCGUUGGUAACGCCGCAAAAUGCCCACUUGCGUGCUGGAUGGACGGUGACACCCCUCGGAAGAAUCAUGCGACCUAUGCGUAUGAGGCCUGAAAGACCUCUAAUGCCACUUCCCAAAUCGUCUGCUGGGGGAAAGGUAUCUAAGAGACGAAAAAUUCCACUUGUUCGUGCUCGAAGAACAACCAUCGACAUGAGACGAUGGGAGGGAGCGCAUCUGACGGGAGCCUUUUUGGAAGGUGGGGUUCCUUUGGAGGAAGUGGACAUUGCUGAGGAUGAAGAUCUGGAGGAACAGCAGAAUGCCGCUCGCGACACAUCUAGCGAAGAGGAUUCCAGGAACGUUUCAGCUAGCUCAAUGGACAUGCCUCCCUCUUCAGCCGUACAGAAAAUGAGAGCAACAGCGCCAUCAGGAUCGGAAUCUUCACCUGACGCGCACUUUGAUUUGACUGCAGAGAAGCAGGAAACUCUUGGUCUACUGCAAUCACUCUUCGGUGAUAGCAAUAAUGUGAAGGAAUGGGGCGGUGCGGAGAGCAUCGCUUCUGAUAUCGAUUUAGAUGAACAGCGUGUGUUGGAGGGCGACGGUGAGGCUGACUACGAGGUGGUCCCGUUAGACACCUCAUUGGAGAAACCAAGGGACUCUUCUCCAGUAGGCGAGCCUAUGAAUGAAGUUGAGGCGACCACGACUACCACGAAGGCGAAACUAAAAGAUUUGUUUGCGCCUCGUGCAGAUGAAGGCGGUUUCUCGCUCAUGGGCCAUCUUGAUCUUGACUUUGAAAUGGACGAAGAACUUACAUUCCCGACAACAGCGACAGAAAUACCGGUACAAGAGACGCUCCCGACUGUCGAAGUAGUUCCUGCUCCCAUACCAGCAUCAUUGCAUCUGGCCCUAGACCCCAAAAAACCACUCUUCUUUCCAUUACCGUCUUCAUUCCCUACUGCGGAGCCUUCUGCUUCUAGACCGAGGGUGAAAGAUUUAUUCGAUGUCGCUCGAGAAAAACAUUGGACAACGUCUUUGUCUUCUACUGGUGGGUUCCAUAGAACUGCUACUGAAGAGGAUAUCAGGAAAAGAUGGGAAGAGAGUAAAGGGGAAUUGACUCGGGGAUGGAAGAAAAGAGUCAAGGAUGCUGGGAAGAUGAAGAGAAGAAGAGGGGCAGCUGCAGACGACGGUGUUUAG